AUGGAACACUUUGAGUUAAUACAGGAGAUGCCAUCCAUCGAGCGGAUGUCGGCUCAGGAGCGACUUAAGCUGGCAAAGAAGCGCAGAAUGCAGCAGCUCAAGAGGUGGGCUCAGUAUGAGAAGCAGCUGGAGAAAGGCAGCGUCAAGAAGUUCAAAAAGAAAGCUACCCCACAGACGGAUGGGAAGAAGACACGUUCUGGAUCGAAACGAGUGAAAUUUGCAGAGAACAUCGCCCUCUUAGAGGCUGCUGCGAGGAAUGACUCAGAAGAAGUGAACAGGUUGCUUCAGAAUGGAGUGAGCCCUGAUGUCACUAAUGAAGAUGGACUGACUGCCUUGCACCAGUGCUGCAUUGAUGACAAUGAGGAGAUGCUAAAGCUUCUGUUGAAUUAUCGUGCUAACGUUAAUGCUUGUGACAGUGAGAUGUGGACACCUCUUCAUGCUGCAGCCACCUGUGGUCAUGUGACGUUAUGUAAACACCUUGUAGACAGGGGUGCCGAAUUAUUGGCAGUGAAUGCUGAUGGAAAUAUGCCUUAUGACAUUUGUGAAGAUGAAGUUACGUUAGAUUAUAUUGAAUCAGAAAUGGCAAAAAGGGGCAUAACCCAAGAGCAGAUAGAUAACACUAGACUGACCACAGAGAGACAGAUGCUCGCUGACAUCAAGGAAAUUGUAGCGAAAGGAGGAGAUUUAGAGGCCAGAGAUGCACUGGGAGCCACUAUGCUUCAUGUAGCAGCUGCUAAUGGAUACAUGGAAGUUGCAGAGUUCCUCUUAGACCACCAUGUUAGCGUCGACUCCAGAGACAAUGAAUCUUGGCAACCAAUCCAUGCUGCUGCAUACUGGGGACAGCUGGAAAUUCUGGAACUUCUUGUUCAGAAUGGUGCUGACUUGGAUGCAAAAACAAAAAAUGGAGAAACUCCUUUUGAUCUGAGUGAAGAUCCUGAAAUCAAGCAACGAAUUCUUGACCUCAAAGAUGAGAUAGAAACCAAGAGAGCCAGCAGACGUCCUGGAUCAUCAAGGAGGCAGAAACACAACUCCAGAAAUGCAUCAAUUCACCACCAUCACCAAGACUCUAUGUAUAGCUCCAAUUCAUCUCUCAACUCUAAAACUAGCAACAGUGCAUCCAUGCGAAGAAGUUCUCUGAGAGGUGACAAAAGCAACUUAUUCAAGAAAGAAGCUCAAGAAGAAGCCUUGCAUUUUGGUUUGAGACUAAUGCAGGAUGAAGAGGAGCUAGGGGUUUUGGUUGAAGAAAAAGAAAAUCUACCUGCAACCAACCUUGAUGAUGUCACCAUCUCAUUUGAUGAUUCUGACAAGCCUUCUCUGCCAAAAAAUCCUGCAACAUCCUUGACAACAACCACAUAUAGAUCUGAUCAGGACUCUGCAAAGGUCAACAAUGCAAAGACUGCAGCUCCAAAAACUAAUUUUCCUGAAGACAACAGAAACUAUAAACAGCCUGCCUCUAAUACAAACUACAAAUCAGCUGGCAACCAGAAUACAUCCAAUACAACUGGGCCACAGGGGUCCAACGAUAUAAUGAAACAACAAAAUGUUGUCAAUGAACCACCAAGCAAAGACCAAUUCAAUGAGAGUGCAGAGGACAUAAUUCAGAAGAUGUUUCUAGAAAGGGUACCACAAAUUAACAGUCGCAGUUCAAGGGCCUCUGUAAUAUCCAAUUCUUCACAGAAUCAGCAGCUUCAUAUCUAUAAACCACCAAUGAUGACAUUAACGAUGAAUGGAGUUAACAAUAACACGCCAUCCAUCAUUUCGUCAACUCAUGCAAAACCUGUUCCUCAUGCAAAUGUACCUCGCACCAGUUUUAGGGAGGGCCAGUUAAGACGGUUUGUGGCACCAGCGUCUGCACCACCGGUUGGUGAAGAUGAUCCCAACAAACAUAGAUGUUGUGUUAUUUUGUGA